AUAAUUACGAAAGGUAAACAAAAAUAUGUCUUCUGUGAUGGUUAUGCUCGAACUAACCUUAAACAAUAUUAUUACAAUAAUAUUAUAUAACAAAUUUGGUGGGAGUGAGAUAAACUGGCGUAGAACACUUGAUAGUUGUAGUGAAUUAAAAAUAUCGGCCGUUAAUUUAUGUGAAAACAAAUAUAAUUUCGUUAUUCAAUGUUUUAAGCGACGUCAGAAACCUGAACUUUGUUCAGGAAGUUAAUUUAACUUUACGCCGAGGAGUUCAAGGCGAUAGUUCUACAGUGGAAUAGUAAUGUGUACCGUGGCUUUAAGACGUUCGUGGCACAAGAAGUGGCCCAAAUUAUGGCGUUCUUACAGCUCUUCGAAAUCUGCUGUGGAAUUUUCAUGGCAAGAUCCCUUGAACCUGGAGUUGCAGCUGACGGAGGAUGAAGUGAUGAUGCGCAAUUCUUUUCGCAGUUAUUGCUCGGAAAAGCUUUUGCCGAGGAUCGUCGCUGCCAACAGAAAUGAAGUGUUCGACAGGGACAUCAUGCGCGAGCUGGGAGCCGUGGGGGCCCUGGGCUGCACCAUCCAGGGCUACGGCUGUGCUGGGGCCUCGAGCGUGGCGUACGGCCUGCUGGCGCGCGAGGUGGAGCGGGUGGACAGCGCCUACCGCUCGGCGCUCAGCGUCCAGUCCUCGCUCGUCAUGCACGCCAUCCACGCCUACGGCACGGAGGAGCAGAGGAGCCGCUACCUGCCACAGCUAGCUCGAGGAGAUAUGAUUGGUUGUUUCGCUCUCACAGAGCCCAAUCACGGCAGCGACCCACAGGGCAUGGAGACCACGGCCAAGUAUUCGUCUUCAACCAAGACCUACACUCUCAAUGGCAGUAAAACUUGGAUCACGAACGCGCCGAUUGCAGACGUGAUCGUGCUGUGGGCAAAGUGCGAGGACGGGAAGAUACGAGGCUUCCUGGUGGACAGGGCCGAGGCGAAGGGCUUGUCCACUCCCAAGAUUCAGGGCAAGUUCUCGCUGCGUGCCUCGGAAACAGGCAUGGUGUUGCUGGACGAGGUCCGAGUCCCGGAGAGUGCCUUGCUGCCGAACGUUUCGGGACUGAAGGGGCCCUUCGGCUGCCUGAACAACGCGCGGUACGGCAUCGCGUGGGGGGCGCUGGGCGCGGCGGAGGCCUGCCUGGCCGCCGCUCGGACCUACACCCUGGACCGGGUGCAGUUCGGCCGCCCGCUCGCCGCCAACCAGCUGGUGCAGAAGAAGCUGGCGGACAUGGCGACGGAGAUCGGCGUCGGCCUGCAGGCCUGCCUGCAGGUGGGCCGGCUCAAGGACAAGGGCCUGGCCCCGCCGGAAAUGGUGUCCCUGGUGAAGCGCAACUCGGCGGGCAAGGCGCUGGACAUCGCGCGCGUGGCCCGGGACAUGCUAGGGGGCAACGGCAUCUCGGACGAGUACCACGUCAUCCGGCACGUCAUGAAUCUCGAGUCCGUCAACACGUACGAAGGUACUCAUGACAUACACGCACUCAUCUUGGGAAGAGCUAUUACUGGAAUUGCAGCAUUUAAAUGACACGAGAACAUAUGUGCAAUGCUACGUGGUGUUUGUAAGUAAGAUCUUUUACACACAAAAUGGGUUUGGUAUGAUGUUUAAAUUUGUAUUUUAUUAAAUUCUUGUUGCUGGUACUUGAACAGCGCAAGGUGAUUUUAUAUGAAUAGCUACACUUUACUUUGUUUUGAAUUGUUAUUGAAGUUAAAAAUUGUUAUGGCCAAUGUUCUCCACUUGCUGUAUGAUCUAUGUAUUGAUAAAAUUUAUUUUUACUAAUUGUACAAAUAAAA